AUGAGUGGUCAAGAAGAUGAAUAUUACUAUGACCGUAGUAUGUUUUUCAAAGAAUUGUCGCAAAGUAUUGAAAAAAACAAGUUAUCAACUAAUAUAUUAUUUAGUAAUUAUCUAAAUGAUUUUAAAGAUAUUGUCCAACACAAUGGAUUAGUCCAAGAAGAGAUGAAUAUUGUAUGUCAAUUAUUGUGUACUGUUGAUUUAAGUGUACAAAAUUUUAGACGAAUACUUUUAACACUAGUACCAGAAGAACCAUCGAUUCCCCAUGACAUUUGUGAAGAACUUAUAGUUUGGGCAUUAUCAGCUUAUCGCCAAAAUGUUAACGAUGCAACAAAAGCUCAAUGUAUAUUAUACUGGAUACUUUAUGUGGUUGAAGAAAAAUUAACUAAUAUGGAUAUAAUUGAUAAGUAUUAUAAAGUCUUAUUUCAUCUCUGUAAUUAUCAAAAUUUAAGUCAACCAGUAGCUGGAAUUAUUUAUUGUUUGACAAAAUCUGAUGAUGUUCAAAAGUGGAUGAUAACAUGCUGCAAGAAUAUUAUAGAGGGUUCAAAGUCCGAACCAUAUCUGAACAAAUUACUGACUUUCUUUGAAAGCCCUAAUUUAAUGAACAAUACACGACAAAAAGGACUUUUUGAUUGUAACAAUACAUUUUGUAAAGAGCUUGCUUGUGGUUUACGUAGUGUUCGAAAAGAAUUAAUGAAUAUACAUCCUCAGUCUACACAUUCUCAGCAACUCAUAGAAUAUGAAAGAAAGUCCUCAUAUACAUUUUAUAAUAAAAUUCAGUUUGUGGACGUAAAUAACAAAUUUGAAUUUCCAAGUACUGAAGAAUUAGCAAAAUCAUUCAUAAAAGAAUGUUCUUCUAAUAACACCUUGACACUCUUGGGUAGCGUGAGUGGUUGGUGUAAAUUACUUAUGAACAAUGACAAAAAAUUGAAUUUACAACAAAGAUUUUCAAAUAAUUUAUACCAUAGUCUAGAUCAAAUCUUUUUAAGUAAUGAAGUUAAUGUAAAAUCUUCACAAAAAUCAAAAUUCUUACAUGAAAUUUUGGAAUUUCAAAAAUUUGCACAUCGAGGUUUGGCAGCAGUAAAUAUCUUCAUAUUCCAAUACAUUAUCUCAUGGGAUGGAAUAGAAAAUAGUCGUGUGAUUUAUGAACUUUUCGAAUAUUUAACAUUCACUUCAGAAGAAGAAUUAAAAAAUAGCUUUUUAGAAAAAUUGUAUGCAAUAUUUAUUACUGGAGAUGAAUUGAUUUAUCGAAUGGUAAUUAAUUCCUUGACUAAUCUUCUUUGUAAUUUGUAUUUUAAUUCAAAACAAACCAGACCAAAUAAAAACUGUACAUUAUUUGGUGAAGAGUUAAGAGAAGAAACAGAAUUUGAAGUAGUAAAGUGUUUGACGAAAUAUAUAUCGCAUUGGUGCUCAAUAUGUAUUUAUAAUUAUCCUCAAGAAGAACAAUUAAAACAUACAGUUUAUACAUUUUUUGAAAAAGUAUCUGUUUUAGAAAAUUUGAAGCCAACCAUAUGGCCUAUUUGGACAAUUAUGCCUCAAAGUGUUUUCUAUAAUGGUUUAAUGUCAGUAAAUAUAUACUGGUUAGAUAGAUUGUCCAGACUAAUGCUGAGGCACAUAAAGUUUGACACCAACAGAAUCGAGGAUAACGCAGAGUCUCCAUCAAUUUUAAGAAUGUUACAAUUGUUUGACAUGUACAUGGCAGAUUUUUUUAAUGCUCUCCACACGGGGGUGUUGUUUGAUAAACGUGAAGAAGGAUUUAUUUUUAAAAAUUUAAAUGAGGAAGAAGUUGAAAAAGAUUUUAAAAUAGUGAAUUUAAAUGUAUGCUUUCAAAUGGAAAAACAUAUCGCUCUAGCUCCAUAUUUUAUGAAUGCCGAACAUACAGUAGAGGAUCCAUUGGAGGAUUUACUUCGGGUAGAAGCUCCAAAUUUACACAUGUUAAUUUUUAUGUUAAAUCAAAAUUUGCAGAAUGAUAGUGAAAAUGACAUUUCAACAUCUUAA